AUUGUCAAGGGUGACCACGCAAAGAUAAAAAUGGAAAGUCAUUUGACAAAGGUAAUAAACUGAAAUUCGUUGUUAAAAUAUGUCACACACGAGGAACACACAAAAAUUGAAUGACAGAGCAGACUCGCAAAUCAACAGAAAUGAAGACGAAGGAGAAAUAAAUUGUAAUGCAACUGAAAGCUGUACUUACGCUGUGACAGUAUCGAAAAAGCCUUCUGCUUCGGGCGAAGAAGGGGCUCUUUGUUCAAACCAAAAGUCGUUUAUCAGCAUACACUCAACCGACCAGUUAUGCCAACUGGCCGAAAUAGACAACCCGUACAAUCUUGAAGAGUGUAAUGUAGAAGUUCUAAGUCUCAACGAAGUGUUUCCGUCGACUUCCGAAGAAAGCCUUUCGAAUGACGAUGAAACUCCAGUGCAAAGAAAGAAAAGUUUUAAAAAUAAGACAGUAACGCAAAAAGCCCAAUUGGAGAAUACUGCGAAAUCGUCGUAUGUGCCAACAAACAGCAAGUCAUCUACUGGAUCGAGACAGAAAGAACAAGUUGAGGGAACAUCUGUUUAUUCAGAUUUUGACAUACCAAAGAGUACCCUGUACGUUGUGGGCAGCAAUCCAGGAGAGCCGAAGAUGUCAUACCCUGAUCCACCGAAGAAAAUUUCGAAAACGAUGAAAAAAUUCUUGCGUAAUAUAGACAAACAUAAGUGUGAACAAAAUGCUAAAAAUAAUGAGAAAGCUAUAAGCAAAUUGACGACAAUGCGGGGGAUCCUAAAAGAUGGCAGAUGCGGUCCUGAAUGUACUGGGGAUUCUGUCCAAGGAAGUGAGGAAUAUGACACACCUGAAGAUUUAACCCUUCCAUUUCAAAUGGAUUAUGAUCCUCGAAAUCAUUACGUCAAGCAAAGUCCAGACAAAAAUGUAACAUUUAACACUCAAGUGGUGAUAAUCCAUUUUACUGGCGACCUCUGUGUCGGCCAAAGUGUUGAAACGCUCAGCAAAGAGAAAGACCAACAGGCGCGAAAUUCUGAACUGAGGAAAACUUUUCUAACCAAGUAUAAUGAAUUUUGGCCGACGCAAAAAUAGUUGUAGGUAUAGAGAAGAGUGACUAAAAUGUCUAUGGUGUUAGCAUGAAACGUUAUUUAUUCAAAAUAAUUUUAUAUUUAAUCUAUUGUGCUAUAUGUUGCAAUUACGAGCUUGCGUUUUGUCUAGCGUUUAUUUAUUAAAAUCCGUCCGAUUUCAUAAUGUUACUUUGAUAAAUUGAAAUAAAUAUGCUGCGACUAA